AUGAAGUCAGUUUCGUCCGUGUCUAUAGAAACUUCUGGAAGAAAUACGUCACCAUAAGCGAGUGUGGAUGUUCUCCUCGCUGUCAUUCAUCAUGCACCAGUGAUGGAUGCGAUAAUAAUCCACCUGCAAAUGGAUUUGGUGGAGACUGUGGUGUCUGUAGCUGAUCACUAUUCCGGCAACAUUAGCGUUGCAGAGUCCACCGUCGUUGCUCGUUGCUGCUCGUCUUUCCCGGGCCCAGUCUGUUCCUGUCCUCUUCUCCGCCAUUCUUCGGCCUUGCUCUUCCCGUCCACCCACCGAAGCAGUCAGCCCCACCCGACCGUUCGUCGCCUCGGCGCCGCGCCGUCCUUCACGCCGCCCCAGUCGCCGCCCCCCCGCGCCGCCGCGCCGCCCGCGCCGCCCGCCGUCCGCGCCGCCGCCGCGCCGGCCGCCGCCGCCCCGCGUUGCCGCCGCGCUGCCGCCAACCGGCGCUGCUAA